UGUCGGAGCCGGUACGGGUGUAAGCGGGGUUUGGAGACUGUGGCUCCCGUGGGUCAGCGCAGGGCUAGGUCUGAGAGGCACGUGCAGGAAGAAUGGCUGGCGUACUCACAAAGCUUUCGCGUAGCGCUGUAGGGGUGCUCGGCCAGCAGUCGAAAUAUGCGGCUCCCCUCAGCGUGGCCUCGCACCGGAACUACUCCGGCAAGCGUAUCCAGGUGGUGAAGCCGGUCGUCGAGUUGGACGGCGAUGAGAUGACCAGGAUUAUCUGGGAGAAGAUCAAGGAGACGCUCAUCUUCCCCUACCUGAACGUGGAGUGCCUGUACUACGACCUGGGCCUGCCCUACCGGGACCAGACCGACGACCAGGUCACCAUCGACUCGGCGCUGGCCAUCAAGAAGCACAACGUCGGCAUCAAAUGCGCCACCAUCACGCCCGACGAAGAGCGCGUGGAAGAGUUCAAGCUGAAGAAGAUGUGGCUGUCCCCCAACGGCACAAUCCGUAACAUCCUGGGCGGCACCGUGUUCCGCGAGCCCAUCAUCUGCAAGACGAUCCCACGCAUCGUGCCCGGCUGGACGGAGGCCAUCGUGAUCGGCCGCCACGCGCACGGCGACCAGUACAAGGCCACCGAUAUGGUGCUGCCCGGUCCUGGGAAGGUCGAGAUACUGUACACCCCGGCCGGUGGCAGUCCCACCUCCACUGAGGUGUUCACCUUCAAGGACGGCGGCGGCGUCGCCAUGGCCAUGUACAACACCGACGAGUCCAUCCGUAGCUUCGCCCACUCCAGCUUCCAGGUGGCGCUCCAGAAGGGCUGGCCCCUGUAUAUGUCCACCAAGAACACCAUCCUGAAGCGGUAUGACGGCAGGUUCAAGGAUAUCUUCGAAGAAAUCUUUCAAAAGGAGUACAAGGCGCAGUUUGACAAGCAGGGCAUCUGGUACGAGCACCGUUUGAUCGACGACAUGGUGGCGCAGAUGCUGAAGUCUGCCGGCGGGUUCGUCUGGGCCUGCAAGAACUACGACGGCGACGUGCAGUCGGACAUCGUCGCUCAGGGAUACGGCUCGCUGGGCCUGAUGACUUCGGUGCUGAUGUGCCCUGACGGCAAGACUAUCGAGUCGGAGGCGGCGCACGGCACGGUGACGCGCCACUAUCGCGAGCACCAGAAGGGCCGCCCCACCUCCACCAACCCGAUCGCCUCCAUCUUCGCGUGGACGCGCGGCCUGGAGCACCGCGCCAAGCUGGACGACACGCCAGAGCUGGCCAGGUUUGCUCAGACCCUUGAGCAGGCGUGUGUGGACACGGUCGACUCGGGCAAGAUGACCAAGGACCUGGCCGGCUGCAUCCACGGCAUCAAGAACGUCAAGCCCGACAUGUACCUGAACACUAUGGACUUCCUGCAGGCGAUCGCCGAGGACCUCGAGCGCAAGAUGGCCAAAUAACGCUCUCGACCUUAGUUCUCAAAGUGUUCGCCGGGCGUCGCUCGCGUCGCCGGUACAAAUGUCCGCGCCGCGCGGCCGACGGGGCAGCGAAGGCCCGGCCGGUCCUAGCCCGGCGGUUACGAAUGCUUCUGGCGAGCUAUGUUGUGUCGAGGCCGGCGUGAGCGCGCGCGUGCGGCUCAGUCGACCACAGGGGUCGGGCUGCACGGGCCCGUUCCCGACACGGGUACAGUGAUGGUGUGAGGGCCGCGGUCAGGCCUUCCAAUAAAGCCGGGUCCGAGGA